AUGGUAAAAAGAUCACUCUCAUCAACAUCUCCUGUUCCACCAGCCAUGGCAUCAAUCGAUUAUUCAUCAUGGACAAAAGAACAACUAAUCGCCAAAAUCAACCAACUUGAAUCCUCCACCACCACCACUACAGAACCGGCCCCUCCUACUAAGAAGCAAAAGCAAAAGAAGCGAGAAUUCGAUUGGAGCAAACACAACCAAAGAUUCAUCGCCUUAAGAUUCGCCUACCUCGGUUGGAAUUAUAACGGAUUAGCAUAUCAAUAUGAACCAACUGCAUUACCGACCGUGGAGGAAACCUUGCUUGAAGCAUUAUCAAAAUCAAAAUUAAUAAAAGAACCAAGUUUAGAAUGUUGUAAAUUUUCACGAUGUGGUAGAACCGAUAAAGGAGUCAGUGCCAUGAAUCAAGUCAUUUCCCUAAAUGUUAGAUCUAACUUAUCUCCUGAACAACAACAAGAUGCUAACAAUGAUAAGGAUGAAUUGAAUUAUAUGAGGAUAUUGAAUUCCUUGUUGCCAAUGGACAUAAGAGUGACUGCGGUAUGCUUGAGACCUCCCGAAAAGUUCGAUGCCAGAUUCAGUUGUAAGUAUCGUCAUUAUCGAUAUAUUUUCCAAAAACGAGAUCUUGAUAUUGAAAUCAUGGACCAAGCAGCAAGAUUAUAUGAAGGUGUUCAUGAUUUUAGAAAUUUUUGUAAAAUAGAUGGAUCAAAACAGAUUACGAAUUAUGUUCGAGAUAUUCAUCAUUCAAGAAUCAUUCAUUUAAAAGAUGAUUAUUACUGUUUUGAUCUAAAAGGGAGUGCAUUCCUUUGGCAUCAAGUUAGAUGUAUGGUUGCUAUUCUAUUCUUGGUUGCCCAGAAAUUGGAAUCAAUACUGAUAAUUGAAGACUUAACUAAUGUGGAGAAAUUCCCCAGGAAACCUGUAUAUGAAAUGGCAAAUGAAGUUCCUUUGGUAUUGUAUGAUUGUGAAUAUGAAGAAAUGGAAUGGAUAAAAUAUAACAAAGAUGCGGGUCGUUCAUUUAGUUUAUUGUUUAAUAAAUUCCCCAACUUGACAUAUGAUACUCAAAUUAAAAGUGAAAUGACAAAAAUUAUGGAGCAUUUUGUUUUGGAAGAUGUGAAACCACCAAUAGCCACUUUAGAAGGUGGAAGAAUGCAUCUUGGUGACGGUUUGGGACGGAAUUAUACGCAAUAUGUUCCAUUAUCAGAAAGACAUCUUAAUGACACAUUUGAAGUGAUUAAUGAAAGACAUAAAGAAAAGAAACGUAGGGCAAAGUCUGCUACAACAGAACAAUCGCCAGAGUAG